GAUAAGAUGCUGAAUUGUCAUUUUUCUAGGGACAAAGGGAAAGCUGCACUGCAGGGAGACCCCACAGAGCUCUACAACACUCCCAGCAAAAGUCUGGGAUGGGGCUGCAAAGCAGAGACCGCAACCCAGCAGUGGCAGGAAUGAAACCUGAGGUGCAGCCUGGAGCUGAGCUUCCAAGGAUAAGAACCUUGGCAUUGCGCAGCAGCACCAGCGGGUUUGGGGUAGUGACAUCCCAAAAAAAGUGUGUGUCCUUCCUGAGGAUCAGACAGUAUCCUAAGCACACAGGGCUUUCCACUCACGGGGUGCACGGAGCGCUUUUCCUCCUCUUGUCACCCGUGUUCAGCAUCCGUCACAGAUCCCAAGGUCUCAGGGCCACCCAUCCCUCUUUGUCCAAGUUAAUGAUUCAAACGGUCUGGAUCUCUGAGGCCCUGCCAGCCAGGCCCCAGGGGGCAGGCCAAGGAUGCUUGCCCUCUGGGGUUAAUCAUUCUCCCAGCUGCUGCCCCUGCCUCCAUAAAAACCCCGGGAUGGGAGUCCCGGUGCCGCUUCCCGGCAGGAGGAGGAGAGCCAGCUCCAGCAUGAGGGCAGCCCUGGCCCUGCUGCCGCUCUUGGCCGCUGCACAAGCCUUACACCGAGGGAAAGCUUAUGUCCGGGAGAAGGUCUGCCAGGAGUACAAGAUCCUGGGCAAGGAGAACUUCAGAACCCUAACCAUCAUUGACACCAGCCGGAAAUAUUCCAACGGCACCUUGCAGGAGAUCGGCCACCUCGUGCGGGAAAUCGUCUCCCUGGCCGAGACCUGCUGCGCCGACGGGGCCGACCCCUCCUGCUACGACGCCGGGGUGAGCCUGACCCAAACCAUCCAACAGACCCCANCUCCCAUUCCCGGCUGGGCUUUUGCUGAGCCUGGCAUUCGUUCUAUAGCUCGGUUUUGGGUCGUUCCAGCCCUGCUCAGCCCCAGGGCUCCCGCAGGGCUGCGCUCCCCCUGCAGCAGCAGCGUGACGGAGACCCUGGGGUGGGGACCAGCAGCUGUGUCCAGCCCAGGCGCCGCCUCGUCACAGUGCCCGGGGCCGCAGGUGCAGGUGACACCGAGGACAUCCUGCCCGGGACACAGGGCUCCUUCCCAACGAGCGCUUAAGGUCACCGCGUGCCUUUCUGCGCCUCAGCAGCCGAAACAGCCCUGGGGCACCUGCCCGCCUGUCCUGCCGGUAGCCCAGGGGACACAGCCCGGCCACCCACAGGCAUCUGCGCAAAAAGCUCUGGCUGGACAGUGGGUGGAACAAUCCUCACAACCCUUAUUUGGACUCAGCUUUGGGGAAGAGCUGCAGCUCCCCAGCAGCGCUGGAACCCAGGAGUUUCUGCUGAAUCGAUGUCCAUCUGAGCUGGGACACAACGCUGGACUGUGUCACACAGGGAUAGAAGGGGAAGUUGUGAACAGCUGGGGACUCUGGUGGGACAACUGGGAAUCACAGCGAGUCCCCAGACUCCAGUGGAACGAGUGGACAAGGUUCAGCUCCGCCCUGGGUCCUCCGGGAGGGAACCCGAGCAGGAGCAGCCUCCGGGGAAAUGGGUGGAGGGUGGCACCGGGUGCGUGGAGCCUUUCCCACCCCAGGGCCCGCGGGGAUCCGGGACGCGGGGCCGGGACUCCCGUGGAGCGCGGGGUCACACCGCCCUCUGCCGGCGCCACGGGACAGGUGGCACCGGGGCUGUCCCCGCCUCGACAGCGCCUGUGUGACCCAGGCACAGCACCCCGCAUAGUCCAAGGGCUGCGGUUCCCUCGGACACAGGAACAGGAGGUAUUUUAUUCCCGAAACAGAGCACGAACAGUAGAGUUAAUGCAUGAGAGACAACAGACUCAAUGCAGGUCAGAGAUUCCCGGUGGAAGAUAAAUAAAUUACACAAAGAAGGAAAAAAUGGUUUGAUGGAAUGAGGGAUGUAGAGACUGGACUCUUCCCAGAGUGUGUAGUGA